CAUAAUAGAUCGACAAAUAUAUAUAUAUAUAUAAAAAAAGGAAGUAGUCCUCUUUUAUUUUUUUUUAUUUUUUAUCUGUUGAUUAGGUCGGAGGAAAGUAUUGUUGGGUUGGUUUCCUACCUGCGUGUUCCCUCCCACCCACCCUUUGCAUGCAUUUUCGGGUUGGUACAGUGACACGCCAGACACUGUGCCACGUAAGCAGUGCCACGUCAGCAACAUGACGGGCUUGCCAGGCCAAUUGGCCAAUGAGCCCAUUGCCGACUACAAAAANACGCCAGACACUGUGCCACGUAAGCAGUGCCACGUCAGCAACAUGACGGGCUUGCCAGGCCAAUUGGCCAAUGAGCCCAUUGCCGACUACAAAAAGCACUUCCAGGCUCAGCUCGCUGCAAUCGAGGCUGAGGAACAACGCCAGCUGGCAGUCAAGGCUGCCCAGCUACAGGCUGAAGAAAAGGCAACAACAGAGAAGCUGCGGCUACAGGUCGAAGCGGACGCAGAUGUUCAGGCUCGCCGCAAGGAAGCCCAGGAUCUGCUGCACCGACAUGAAGCCAGCAACAUCGACAGACUCAAGUUCAAGCACGCUGAACCGAACGGCGACGAACCAACACCGGAAGAGAAGCAUAAGGAGUUCAUGGCCAAGCUCGUGACCAGGUUGGUUUAUACUUGUAACCACCUACAAUCCGAGCUGGCGAACCUCCAGCGGGCCGUGCGGAACCAUAAGACUCAGCACAAGGAUGCCACACGGGCACUGGAUGCCCGUGUACUGGACCUGGAACAGGCUGUCCCAGGACCAGAUGCUGGGGCUUCCAGUAGUGCAUCCUCUAGCCGCCAACUGGAGGAACGCGUUGACCACGUAGAGGCAAUGCUAGGAGAUAUAAAUGCCUUCACAGAGCCGACCACCAUCAGCCAGCGGUUCAAGUUGCUGGACACUAAGAUCAGUCAGCAACAGCCGACCGACCACAGCCACAACAACAGCUCGGCAAGGCCAUACAAGAUGCCGACGUUCCGGAUCGAGAAAUUUGAUGACUACACACAUGAAGACCCGGUCGUCUGGUGGCAAGGAUUUACAACGGAGUUGGGAAUCCACGAGGUCCCUAACCAUCUGUUCAUCAGUGCUCUAUUCAUCAACACCAAGGGAGGAUGUCAGAUCUGGCUCAGCCACAUGGCAACCAUCCACGGCAUCCAGGUUUCCGACCUGCAUAAGAAGGUCACCUGGGAGGAUAUGGCAAAGGAAUGGAAGAAGCGGUUCAUAGUGGAUGACGCAUCCGCGCUCGCCAUCAACCACAUCUUCGCGAUGGCUCAAGGGAGCACACCGACACGUGACUGGCUCAAGGAUUGGCAGAAGAUCGUGGCCACGCCCGAUCUGGACUUGCCAUUUCCACAUCUGCGCCGUGAGUUCUACAACAGGUCAUGCGCCGCUCUGAGCCUCGCACUUGGUGAUCGCGAGCAGUACCACACUUUCGCAGAGAUCAUCAACAAGGCGAGAGAGAUCAUCAAGACCAACAGGUCAGCUGCACACGAGAAAUCAACAUGGCAGCCGACCUAUGUGGAGAAGGCACGAACUGGUCCGCGACAGCAGCACUUCGCUGCAGUCCACCAGGACAGUGGAGAUAACCGAGCAGCCACUCCAGCAUCAAGUGACGGAGAUCAGGUGGCUGCUGUCCAGCCGCGAAGCAACAACAAGUCCCGCAACAAUGGGAAGGCGAAGUCCGUAUCGCAGUCCAGAAAUGGACAGCCAGUACAAGUUCCAUGGGUCAAGUUCGGCUUAACCGAGGCGGAGUACAAAGUCCGUGGCCGCUACGGCAGCUGCUAUUGGUGCAACAGCACCAAGCACAAGACCUCCCUUACCAACUCCGUUGAUGGACGGCGGAGUAGAGUUGUCAACCUUCACGAGUACAUCGCGAAGAUUGAUCGCCAGUUCAAGACGCAACGGUAUGACGACAUCGACGCACCAUUGCUGUACAUACGCAUUCAGAUCGGUGAGGCGACCUGCAGUGCCUUGAUCGAUUGCGGAGCAUCUCGCAACUACAUCAGCCAGGACUUCAUGGUGCGCGCCGGCCUUGGCCCACGUGUCCGCAGGAAGUCCCAGCCUACGCAAGUCACGUUGGCAGACGGUCAUACGCACAAGUCAAUCGACCGGUGCAUUGACGCCGUCCCCGUGUACUUUGCCCCUCACGCAAGUGAGGCGGUGUCCUUUGACAUUCUGGACACCAAAUUYGACAUGAUCUUGGGCAUGUCAUGGCUGCGAAGCGAGGAUCACCCGGUGAACUUCUUCAACCACACCGUUCACAUUCGUGAUCGGAACGGAGUACUGGUUCCAUGCACGGUGCCUCUUCCUCAUCCUUCUAUCAACUGCCACGUGGUAUUCGCCGCAAGCAUGCGAGCAUCCAUCAUCAGAGACGACAUCGAGGAGAUGGGGACGAUCAGGAACGYCGGCCCUCUCCCACGCAUCGACGACCUUCUCGAGCGAUUGGGCGGCGCCCAGUUCUUCUCUAAGCUGGAUCUCAAGCCAGGGUACCACCCACUCGAGAUUCGCAAGGAGGAUCGCUACAAGACCGCGUUUAAAACACGGUAUGGGCAUUUCGAAUGGUUGGUCAUGCCGUUUGGCCUUACGAAUACCCCAACCACUUUCCAAGCGGCUAUGACAACGGAGUUCCGACACAUGCUGGAUCGGUUUGUACUCAUCUACCUCGACGACAUCUUGGUGUAUAGUCGAAGUUGGGACGAGCAUGUGAAACACCUGCGCACCGUUUUGGAGCGGCUACGACAAGCCAAGUACAAAGCAAACCGCGACAAGUGCGAGUUCGCACAGCAGGAGCUGGAAUACUUGGGACACUAUGUGACGCCCCAAGGCAUCCGUCCGCUUGCGGACAAGAUCGAGGCCCUACGAGUAUGGCCCGAGCCCACCAACACCACGGACGUUCGUUCAUUCAUGGGAUUGGCGGGCUACUAUCAGCGAUUCAUCACCGGAUACUCCAGGAUUGCUGCACCUAUGACGAGGUUACAGUCGCCAAAGGUGCCAUUCGUAUUCGAUGAUGUCGCACGCCGGUCAUUCCAAGCACUUAAGACGGCUAUGCUCAUGACACCCGUCCUUAGCGUCUAUGACCCCACCCUGUCGACGCGAGUGACUACGAACGCUUCGGGCUAUGGCAUUGGGGCAGUCUUGGAACAGCACGACGGCGAUGAUUGGCACCGUGUGGAGUUCACAUGGGUCACGGACAACAAUCCAUUGACUUACUACAAGACGCAGGAUACGGUGAGCAGCACGAUCGGACGAUGGAUGUACUUCAUCGACCAAUUUGACUCCACACCGAAACAUUUGUCCGGCCUCUCAAAUCGCGCAACAGAUGCACUCUCGCGAAGACCCGAUCUUUGCGCUAUAACACAUCAUGCCUUCGCAUUCGACGAGGAGCUUCAGCGACACUUCAUCCGGGCGUAUAAGUCUGAUCCGGACUUCGGCACGCUCUAUGCACAACUAUUUUCGGAUCACCCGCUGGCCAGCCAUUACCGCAUCGCCGACGGGUACUUGCUCCUCCACUCGAGAGGCAAGGACUUACUAUGUGUCCCACGCGACCGUCGUCUUCAGACUCGCCUCCUUGGCGAGUAUCAUAAUUCACGACUCGCCGACCAUUUCGGAGUCAACCGCACUAUUGCACGGCUUCGAGAGCGAUUCCGAUGGCCCGACCUCAUUACCGAUGUCACUCGGUAUUGCGACUCUUGCGAAGUUUGCCGACGCAGCAAGCCCCGCAACCGCAAUCCCUACGGCGAGUUACACCCGAUGCCUAUCCCACGGGAACGCGGUCUCUCCAUUGCCAUGGACGUCACCGGUCCGUUUCCUCACGACCGGCUCGGGCACGACGGCAUCCUCACGGUUGUGGACCGAUUGAGUAAGUACGCGCGUUUUCUCCCUUGCAAGUACUACUCCACGGCUCCCGAGCUGGCACGCCUCCUGCACACAAGUUGGAUUUGUGGCCAGAGUGUACCAGAAGAUAUUGUCAGCGACCGCGACACUCGUUUUAUGUCGGCGUUUUGGACUGCUCUCAUGCAGAAGUCCGGCACAACAAUGAAACCAAGUUCGGCUCGACAUCCUCAGACAGACGGGCAGACGGAGCGGGCACAUCAAACCGCUCAAAUGAUGCUUCGUACGCUCAUYCGUCCGGACCAGAAAGAUUGGGUUGACCGCCUCCCCGACAUCGARUUCGCCUACAACACUUCGGUGCACCCGGCGAUCGGCGUGACUCCAUUCGAGUUGCACCACGGUGGACGGAAAGGCCGCAUCUUCACCGACCUYCUCCUCCCUCGACCAGCCGACAUUGACGCCGCUUGCUCCCCCGCUUCCGUUMGGAAGUACAGGGACUUGCUGACUCAAGCCCGCGCAAAUAUGCAAAAGGCUCAAGUUCGCAUGCAGCAACAAGCCAAUAGGCGUCGCGUACCAUGUCCCAUCCGCACCGGUGAUCUGGUUUGGGUCUCCGCGGAAGAGUUUGCACUGGAACAGGACGUUUCACGCAAACUGCUUCCCAAGUGGUUUGGACCUUGGUCUGUGACAGCAGCCGCGGGCGAUGAUCCCGAUGGCCUUUCAUUUGUGAUCAACAUUCCAGAGCAUCUGACUGUCCAUCCGGUCUUCCACGCCUCGAAGCUGGCAACAUACACGCCAGCCAAGAGCGACGACUUUCCGGGCCGACGAUCGCAGGACCCUCCUUCUAUGGAUGGUCAUCAGGAAGUUGACCUCGUCAUCACCGAUCGCAAGUACGGCAGCAAGCCGCGGCAGUACAAAGUCACAUUCAAAGCAUGCGAUCGCGACGACACUCGGUGGAUUUCAGGAGCAGAUUUAAAAACAUCCGCACCGCUGAUCUAUGCUCGCUAUGAACGUCAAAGGUUAGCCAAGGGACCUCUACAACCUGCCCCUCCCACCCGGACUGUGGUCCCUCCCUCAGACAGACAGCUUCGCCCUCGCAGGUAAGCUCGGUCUUUCAAGGAGGGGGGGGUGUGGCAGACUGCGUAGCCACACGGGCCCUGUAGGACCCGUCCCGAAUAUUGAGCCUU